GCCAAAUUCACCCCAGUCACCGAUUGCGACAUUGGGCGUUUGUUGCAUCAUUCAUUUCCUCUCUGUGUCAAUUCAUGACAUAUACCACUCUGGCUUCAAUAUAUGCGCGGGUCGAAACAGAGUCAUGGGCGAGGACUAGCUCCCCGUGAAACGACUGAACUGUUCUGAUUGAUCGAUUGAUUGACCGACCGACCGACCGACCGACCGAUUCAUCAUCUGCCCUUUAUCCUCUUGACCUGAAAAUGGCCUCAGGCUCCGCCUCGUCCAGCAGACCGCACUCUCGUGCACGUCGGCGUGCCCGCACACCCACCCGCUCCAAACGUGACCUCACUGGUACUGCAGGCCAGGCAUCAUGGGCCAGCAGUGUCAUUAACCUCUUAAAUACCAUUGUCGGCGCCGGCGUCCUGGCCAUGCCACUGGCCUUGUCACAUAUGGGAAUUCUUCUGGGCGUGCUCGUCAUCCUGUUCGCGGGAGCAACUGCGGGCUUCGGACUCUACCUCCAAACUCGCUGCGCUGCCUACCUCGAGCGCGGUUCCGCCAGCUUCUUCGCCUUGUCGCAGAUCACAUACCCCAACGCCGCCGUCAUAUUCGAUGCUGCCAUCUCAGUCAAGUGUUUUGGAGUGGGUGUCAGCUAUCUGAUUAUCAUCGGAGACCUGAUGCCCAAGGUGGUCCGAGGCUUUGCCAGUGAGGACAGUUUGGGACCUUUCAUGUUCGACCGACACUUUUGGGUCACUGCUUUCAUGCUUGUCGUCAUUCCAUUUUCGUUUCUACGCCGCCUGGAUUCGCUCAAGUAUACCUCGGUCAUUGCUCUUAUCUCGAUUGGAUAUCUGGUCAUUCUCGUUGUCUAUCAUUUUGCUGCACACGACACUUUGCCCCCAGAGGGAUACAAGACGCCAUUGCGUGUUUUCAAAUGGGCUGGAGUCGUCCCUACUUUGUCCUCCUUUCCCGUCAUCGUUUUUGCAUAUACUUGUCACCAAAACAUGUUCAGCAUCCUCAACGAGAUCCACGACAAUUCCCAUUUCCGCACUACCAGCGUCGUGACAGCCUCCAUUGGAUCAGCUGGAGGCAUUUAUGUCCUGGUUGCAGUGGCAGGCUAUCUAUCCUUUGGUAAUGAAAUGAGCGGCAACAUCGUCGCCAAUUAUGCGCCCUCUGUAUCAACCACCAUCGGUCAAGCCAUGAUCGUCAUUUUGGUCAUGUUCUCGUACCCCCUUCAGGUACACCCUUGCCGCGCCAGCGUGGAUGCCGUGUUGAAAUGGCGCCCCAGCGAUAAGCUAAAGUCCAAAUUUCGAUCUGCCUCUGGCACUCCCUCCGUGGAAUCGAGUCCGCCUCGUACUGUUCCACUUCUUGCAGGCCGCCCGCGUACAAGCGAGAUGAGCGAAACCCGCUUCGCUGCCAUCACCACCGUCAUCAUAAUUCUCAGCUAUCUUGUCGCAAUGACUGUCGCUAGUCUGGACCGAGUUCUCGCUUAUGUCGGGUCCACGGGCAGUACGUCCAUCUCCUUCAUCCUGCCCGGUCUCUUCUAUUACAAAAUCUCUUCACCCGACUCGCCCCUUCAUCAACGACUUCUCAAAGAAGAAGAUGAUUACGACGCUGAAGAAGGCGCCAGCAAGUCAGGCGACGAAGCUGAGGAGGAUGACAACGCAGCUGAUGACCAUCUUCGGGAAAGCCAAACAUUGCUGGCGAAUUCUGGCUUUCUAAGCAUCGGAGCUGGAAGUAUUUUGAGACGUACUCGAACCUUCCGACGCAAUUUGUUACGGAAGCUGAGCCUCGCGUUGGCAAUCUAUGGUGUUGUUGUCAUGAUCACCUGUUUGACGACUAACAUUAUCUUUAACGCUUCAGGACAUUGAUCGCAAGGCCCGCUCCCCAAAAUCCAGUACGCAGGUAUCGACUCCGGAGAAGCAGAUCAUGUUUGGACUGCAGGAGCAUGAGAGACCACACCCGAGCCAUGGUCGAUAAGUGGAAACACACUCCAAGUGACUCCAUUUCUUCAACCACUCGACUACGAAGAGACUUUGGAGCUGUUAAAUUUGGUCCCCAGUCUCACAGGCCGCUACAAGCUAAGCUGGUCCAUACGAAAUGCGUCUUGGAUCGACCUAAGUUCCAUGUCUCUUCAGCCCAAUCGCCGUGUCAGUGCGAGGCUGAAAAGCUACGUGGUCGUUUGCAUCCGGAACAGUACUGGUCUUCCACGCCAGCAGACAUUUUGAUUAAGUGAAAUUACGGCGUUGCGUUGUACUGCAUUGCGCGUCUGAUGAUAUAGCAUAGUAUCGCAUGGCGGAGCACAUUAGAGCAUAGCAUAGGACAGGAGGUGGAAUUAGGCUGGGGCGUAUUCAAUUAUUUUUACACACACUCACAAACACAUACCUGUCAUCUCUCCAUGUUCAGCGGG